AUGGGUGAUUUUAACACUGAUCUUAUGAAGCAGAGCUCUAGGUCUCGCAAGCUGAGUGCAAUCCUGGAGUCGACGGGUCUAUUAUCUCUCGACCUCAAUCCCACACACCAUAACUUAGACUCGUGCGACUCCUGGCUUGACCUUAUGCUCGUGAAUUCGCCGGCGUAUGUGGCAAACCAUGGUCAGGUUGUGGCACCCGGGCUUUCUAGACAUGAUUUGAUUUACUUGUCAUAUAAAAUUAAACCACCCAAGCCACGGCCCGCUGUAGUACGCUUACGUAAUUUUGCUAGGCUGAAUAGGGAGGAAUUGUUGGAUGAAGCCAGAUCUCUUGACUGGCUCGACAUUGUCGAGGCGUCGACAGUGGACGAGAAAGUCGAGAGACUAAAUAGGCACAUUAUGGGUCUCUUUGAUUCGCACGCUCCCCUAAGGGAGGUGCGUAUCAAGCGGCCCCCUGCUCCAUGGAUUUCUCCCGGAGUUCGUAUGGCUAUGAGACGACGGGACCGGGCUUUCAGAAAAUAUAGAAGGGAUCGCUGUGAGGAGAACUGGCUGCUGUAUAAGCAGGCCAGAAAUCGCUGCAAUCAGAUGGUGAAGGAUUUGGGGUUGCUGAUUGACAGCAACUUCAGUUGGUCAAAGCAGGUUAGCCAGGUUCAAGCAUUUCCUUCCUAUCAGUACUAA